UGUGAAGAUUAAAUAAAAUACAGAAGCAUAAAUCUAUCCAUCCAUCCAUCACCACAUGAUCAGAGCCAAUUAUUUUCCAUUGUGAAUGGAGAAACCUGGGUUCUUUAUGCAAGAGCAGUGUUUACCAACCCUAAGCACUAUAAAUCAUCAAGUCUGAUGUGUGUGUCUGUAGUAAAAUCAACAACGCAUUGAGAAUUGCCAUUACUGAAAUACAGUUCCUCUAAUGGCGAAUGUAGGUGUUGAAAGAAAAUAGAAACCAGACAACAAAAUAAAUGCUAUCUUACAUUGAUUGCUCGAGGAGACGUUUUAUAUGUCUUAAAUAGUUUAAUAAAAAAAAAUACAGGUUAAUAAACAUCAAACAUAUAUUGAAAUGUAAGAUUUUAACUGGAAUUAUAUCUCUAGUAAGUCAUGGAGACCCAUGGCAUAAGAAUGGUUUAUUUCCUAAGAAUGAGCCAAACAUCUGAUUGUCCCUCUAAUGAGCUGUGACAGGACUAUAAUGUUUUAUUACAGAGUGACCUUGACUUGGACAAACUUCAGAAAGUAUUAGGCAAUUGAAUAUGCAAUUGCAAUUUCUGGGUUUCCAGUAAAUAUUAUACGUAAAACGAGCAUCCCCUCCUCUUUUAGCCUUACAAGGAUAUUUAACUGAGUGUUAGGGGAUGAUAAGUAAAGAAUACUGACUGGUUUCCAAUCAACUCGCAUUACAUAUUAUUUACAGAGACAACUGCCUCUUCAACAAAAAGUCAAAAUGAAGUCAGACCAAACUGUAGCCCCAUCCAAUAUGACGGCAUCAACAAGCAAUGCAGAUGUCACAGCAAAUUCCUUAAGGAAAAUCAAUAUUUUCCUCCACUGUAUAAUAUGUGUGUUUGGUAUUGUUGGCAAUGGACUGGUCAUCUACAUCACAGGCCUCAAAAUGAAAAGCACUGUCAAUGCCAUUUGGUUUCUGAACCUGGCGGUAGCAGACUUCCUAUUUUCAUUCUUUCUGAUAUUCAAUAUAAUUUAUAAAUACCGUGAGUUCGACUGGCCUUUUGGUGACUUUAUGUGCUUCUUGAGCAGCCUGGUGACCGUGUUGAAUAUGUUUGCCAGCACCUUCCUGCUGACAGCGAUCAGUUUGGACCGCUGCCUGUCCACCUGGGUGGUGGUGUGGGCCAGGACCAAACGAACAGUCAUGAAAGCAAGGAUAAUUUGCCUGCUUAUUUGGUUAGUGUCAGUCGCUUGCAGCCUGCCUUUAGUCAUCUCUCGGAAAACGCUUUCCAUUUCUGCACAACAAACAAAGUGCAUAAAAGACAUUCAGAAACUAGAAACAUACAAGAGGCAGGUAGUGUACCGUUUUGUGGUGGGUUUUCUCCUCCCGUUUGUCAUAAUCUCCGCUUCGUAUGUGGCGAUCGGAGUACAAGUUAAGCACCUCCGGAAAAAUUAUAAACUAAAACCCUUCCGUAUUAUCCUGGCUGUAAUCAUGUCCUUCUUCUUCUGCUGGCUUUCCUUUUAUGUUCACAAAUUCAUUGAAGCGUGGUUGCAUGAAAUGAAUACGACAAACCCAGAGAGGGGGUAUUAACAUCAAGUGACAUGGCAUCUGACGCAAUGGCAUAUCCGGUGGCACUUCCGGUCUUCAUUGGCAUGUGUCACUUAAAAGGUGUGACACGUGCCAGUGGAUAGUGACAUGUGUCAGUGGAUAGUGACAUGUGUCAGUGGAUAGUGCCAGUGGAUCACGCCAAACUGCCUAGUUUAUACAAACCAGCGUGGCGGACCAUACGGGGCUUAGCUCAUUUACAAUUAUUUCUCUCGCCAAAGGUUUUGAGGGAAAACGGAGGAGGAAAAACAGCGCAUAAGGCAAGAGAAGCUGUUAUACCUUUUAUUUUACGUUAUUUUACCGUGCACUUGCAUAAACACUGCAUCCGUAGGGGCUGCCAUUGUUGUUUCGCGGGCUAUGUGACGUCAGAGCGCGGAACUAGGAGCACAUAGAUCUAGUACGAGUUCACGGGUGGGAAGUCACGGGUUUGACUGCCGUUCCAGUGCACUUUCACGGGUAGAAGGUUGGAAAAAGACGGGUUACGGGUUGCCUGGAACGUGGCAUGAACCCUCAUCCGAAUACCGCAUUAACAGGCGCGUUUUUGAAUGAUGCUACAAGCACGCCGGUAGGUGCCAGUAUAAGUAGGCUAAGUGUAUAUUGGUCAGCACAAGAUAAACCUUACGAAAAUUAACUGGCACAUGUCACAAGUUUUACUGGCAUGUGCCACUAUCCACUGGCAUAUUGUAUUGUAUGCUGUGCCACCUCCAGUAGCCUAUAGUGACACAUGCUGCUGGCUGUCCAUUAUGUAGAUGGUGUGACAUACGCACCUAAAGGCAGAAUGACAUUUAAUUAAUUACGUUGCUUUCAUACAUGGGAUUUUUUUAUAUCCAUUAAUUUUUACAUCAACCAUUAGGUUACGGCUUAUGUUUAAAACUGUGGCCUGUUAUAUGUAUUUAUAUUUACUUUUUUUAGUUUUGACAGUGUAUUUAACUACAUAUUAUAAAUAUGUAUUUUUUUUAUAAUAAUCUUUCUAAUUAAAGUGGUACCAACCAGCA